ACCAAAUGGCUCAUCGUUCAGUUUAAAUCCAAAUAAUCACCAACAUCAUGCAACCAAUAACUUAAAUAACUUUAAUAACUUUAAUCAUAAUAAUUUAAAUGGCAAUAAUGAGUUUUUAAAUCCAUUGUAUAGUCAAUCAAGAAAUCAUGAUACCCCAUGGUUUUGUGUAGUAAAUCAACAGUCACCCCUAUCAGGUGGGUUCCCAUUACCCAAUGUAUUUUCAACUUUUCAAACACCUUUAUUUAGAAACUUCUAUCAUCAAAUAGAAUUCUUUAUACCUGAUUUGGCUAUGCAAAGAAAAUACCAAGGUAGUAGAAUAUAUAUCGCAGAUUCCAUUGGGUAUAGUGGUAACGCAAAGAAAUUUAUAAACUCUCCACAAUCACUCGAUGAAGUUGCUUUAAUUUUAGAAGGUCAAGUUUUAGACAUUGAUUUUAACCCCUUGCCCCAAUGUACCUGUUGUAAAGAUUAUUUCCAAAGUAGAUUCUAUUUCGCUACCAAUCCACAAUGUAAAGAGAAGCUAGUUCUUGUUAAAAGCAAUGUUACAUGUUAUGUUCAAAAUGGUUUAUUCCCAUUCCAAAUUAAAAUUAUGUGUUGUUCAAAACAUCAUAAUAAUAAUAGUUUGGUUCUUCAUCUAUGGCUAAGAGAUGCUCAAACUAAACAAAUAGUAAUGUCCUCAGUACUCUCAUCUUAUAUUAAACAAUGGAAAAGAAGUAAAUCAGUAUCAGGUCAUAUGUAAAUUCAUUAAACAAUAAUAAAUAAAAAUAAAUAAUAAAUAAUAAUAUUUUAGUAAAUAAAUCAAUUUAUAGAUAAUAAUAAUAUGAUUUCUAUUUUUCUUUUUAGAUAAAAAAUUUUAUCACAUGUAAAUAAAUUUAAUACGCCAUAUUUAUAAAUU